UUGUACUUUUGCACUCAUAAAAGUUAACACGUUUGUUUUGGUUGAGAUACUAAAGUGAGAUAUAAAACAAUAAUAAAUGAAGAUAAGUCAGUGCAGUAGUGUCAAUCACGGAAUUGUAAGAAUAUCUCGUGAACUGAAACAUUAUCACCAUGAGUAGACUGACACCCAAUCCUGCCAAAGUGUUGAUCCGCGAACAGGUAGCCGCCAGGAUCGCAGCUCUAUCCACCGAAGAAAAGAAGAGGCAAUCCAAAAUUGUUUAUGAUAAGAUUGUUAACCAUCCAUGCUACAAAAAAGCGAAGAAUGUAGCGAUAUUCAUGAGCACGGAUCAGGAAGUUGAUACCGCGCCGAUAAUAGCUGAUAUAAAAGCUAAAGGGGGCGCUGCGUUCGUGCCGCAGUAUGCGGGGGGCAAGAUGAGGAUGCUGAAGCUGGAGUCAGGUGAUGAGUCAGCCAUGCCUCUCACCAGGCACGGUAUACAGCAGCACAGCAAGGAACAGGUCAGGGAUGACGCACUGGAUAUUGGUCUAGAUCUGAUCAUAGCACCGGGAGUCGCGUUCAGCCGGAGUGGUGGCAGAGUUGGACAUGGCGGUGGAUACUACGAUAAAUAUAUCACCAACCUACGACAAAAUCCAGACACAGCUCCAAAAGUGGUAGCAAUAGGCUUCAAAUGCCAAGUUCUAGAUGAUGUCCCCAUGGACCCUCAAGACCAGAAGAUUGACGACAUCGUGUUUGCUGACUGAAAUUUUACCUACUCGUAUAAAAUUAAUAUUUGCAUCCCUGUCAUUCUCUUUGGAAAAACUGGGACAGCAAUAUGUUUUAUUACAACUAGAAUUUCAAGGUUUGAUGCCAUAAAUACUCUUUAGUUCAAUAUUUUUUAUUAGACAAUUUUUUAUCUAUCUUUUAAUGUAAAUAAAAUAUUAUAAAUUUAGA